AUGGACGGCUUCUUCAGCGCUGUUGGCGCGGCUGCGAACGACAUCAAACCUCGUCUGGAAAACGCCGCUGGAGCAUUCGAAGGCGCUGGGCAGUCUGUCGCCCAGGCGGGACACGAACUUGGUGAUAACUUCAACAACGCGGUCGCCGGGACGGCCGAUGACCUCAAGCCUCACGCCGAAUACACCGCUGAAGUCGCAGAAUCCAUUGGUCAGGCAGCCGUCGAGGCUGGACACGAACACGCCGAGAAGUUCAGCAACGCGGCUGCAGGGACUUUCAACAACCUCAAUGCUAAACUGGCCGAAACCUUGUCGCUCAUCAAUGACCAUGCUCGCUCGGCUGUCGAAGAGGCAGAAAAGCGCCUUGCGGAAUUCGACGCAGGUGCUGCGAUGGAGGAGAUCAAAGAAAAGCUUCAGCUUGCCGGACUCAAACUGGAAGAAUUGGCACAAGCUGCACUCAAGUUUGCGGAACAGAACCCUGGUGUAAUCGUGAUGCUGACUAUCGCGCCUCUGAUUCUGAUAUACCCUAGUCUUGCUUGGGGGCCAGUGUUGCAUUUGCUUGGCCUUACUGUAGGAGGGCCUGCUGCAGGAGGCAUAUUCGCCAGUUUACAGAGCCGAUUCGGCACUCCAGGAGCAAUGCGGACCUUCCAAAGUGCUGCCAUGGGCGGGACCGGUUCACUAGUAAUGGACAUAGCUGUUCGAGGUGUUGUUGCACUUGCUGUCGGCGCGAUUGUUGUUCAGCGUCUGGUGGCUUUCAAGGAGAGUUGUGACAAGCAAGAGCAAGAGAAGUGUGAGAAGGAUAAGAAGGAGGAUUGA